GAAAGGUGCUUACCCGAAAGAGGCAGUGUGAAAAGGAGAGGGGAGAGAGAAGGCGUAGAGAAAGACAUUGAAGAAAGUGACGAGGAGGGCGUUGGCGCUGAUCAAGAUGGGAAAAUGGAUGUAUCAACCCAGCGGAAAUGA